AUGAUCGUGUCCAACGUGAGCCUGAGCGGCUGCGCGGAUUUCAACAGCGCUCUGUGUGCCGGAGCCGGGGAAGGGCACCUGGGGGGCGGAUCAUACCGGACCACUCUCACCCCGACUGGGAACCUGGUAGUGGCUGUGUGCCUGGGCUUUAUCGGUACUUUCGGACUUAUUAACAACCUGCUGGUGCUUGUUCUUUUCUGCCGCUACAAGAUGCUGCGGUCGCCCAUCAACCUGCUCCUGAUUAACAUUUCCAUCAGCGACCUGCUGGUGUGCGUACUGGGGACUCCGUUCAGCUUCGCGGCCAGCACGCAAGGAAGGUGGCUCAUAGGGGAACGGGGCUGCGUGUGGUACGGCUUCGCCAACUCGCUCUGUGGCAUUGUGUCCCUCAUCUCCCUGGCUGUCCUCUCCUAUGAGCGCUACAGCACCAUGAUGGCUCCCACUGAGGCGGACUCCUCCAACUACCGUAAAAUCUCCCUUGGCAUCAUCAUGUCCUGGGCGUACUCACUUAUCUGGACCCUGCCACCGCUCUUCGGCUGGAGCCACUACGGCCCAGAGGGACCUGGGACCACCUGCUCUGUCGACUGGACAGCCAAGACAGCGAAUAACAUCUCUUACAUCAUCUGUCUGUUUAUAUUCUGCCUCAUCGUGCCCUUCCUGGUGAUUGUGUUCUGCUACGGAAAGCUACUGUCUGCCAUCAGACAGGUGAGCGGGAUCAAUGCGUCGAUGAGCAGGAAACGUGAGCAGCGCGUGCUAUUCAUGGUGGUGAUUAUGGUGAUGUGCUACCUAAUAUGCUGGCUGCCUUAUGGCAUCAUGGCCAUACUGGCCACCUUCGGCCCACCGGGCCUGGUCACACCGGAGGCGAGCAUCAUCCCCUCAGUCCUUGCCAAAAUGAGCACGGUCAUCAACCCAGUCAUCUACGUCUUCAUGAAUAAACAGUUUUACAGGUGCUUCCAAGCCCUGCUGCAGUGUGAAACUCCUCGACGAGGCUCCAGCUUAAAGAGUUCCUCCAAGGUCCCCACCAAGGCCAUGAGGGGAGUAGCAGGAACUGGUCCCCGCCGUACUAACGAAUUCCUAUUUAUGGUAGCGUCAUUGGGUCAACCAGCUGCCGCAGUCCCCCAACUGGGGCUCUCAUGUGAACCUACUAUCGAUAUCACAAAAGCCCCUUCUUCAGACAAUAAACCUGUUGUAGUCUCACUAGUGGCUCACCGUGAUGGCUGACAAUUGGUUAUCUAAUCAUAAAACCCUAAGGUCCCCAUCCAGGAGAUCAGUGAAAAUGAAAGAGGUGGUUUUACUGAGACUUAAAAAGCGGCAGUCUGCCAGUCCAGGUGGAUUCAACGUGACUCCAGCAUUAACUCUGGCCUGCCUAGUACAGAUGAUAGAUCAGUAACAAAGGGCUGUCUCUGGACAAGGCCUCGGACUGUCUCUGGAAAAUGUGAGCAACAAUCAGAGAUGACAGUAAAUCUACAGAAGCUGGGAGUUUGUAUUUUUUACUGAGAAAAGAAACACUCAUGAUCCUUUCUUAGAAAGCACAUUUAAAGGAUGCUCUUAUCAGAGUUCUGGAGAAAGCAUUGUCAGACUGUAAUACAAGAGGAAUUAUAAGGAUCAUUUUGUGCAAUAUCUCAUUCUCUUAAAAUGUCAUAACAAUAGCUUGUUCAGGAGUGCGGGGGAAGGUCUAUGAUAGGUCUGUACUGAUUGUUACUGACAGCAGUUACAAAGUGAAGUGAAAUUGAAGAACACCAGCCACUUAUGACUCCAAGCUUUUUGAAGUCCUUUAGAAUGAGAUAACUUUAAUAAUCUGUGCAAGGGGAUUGCUUUUGCAGCACUUGCACAAAUAAAACGAAGUUGUAAAAUUACACAAGAACACAAGAAAGUGUAAUGCAAUAAAAGUACCUGAGAAACGACAGAGGUGCAAACUUAAAUGGAAGAGGUAAUAACUUUACCACUAUAGAGUGGCAAACUCUAUAGAAAACUAUAGAGUUAAGUCUUCAAACCAGCAAU